AUGUGAAGGACCGCAUUAUUAGGGAGUCACUCACUGCCUCUGCUGCUGCGUAGGCAAAGGUCCGCUUCCUGCACGGCCACCGACGCCCAUGCACGAGUUUUUAGCGGAAGGGAGGCUGCCACGGCGCCCCGCCCUCCAUAUUACUAUUUGUCGCCAGUCUCCCCGCCCCUCCCUGGCUCUGACCUCCGCGGCGAUGGCACGAGGCUGGACCCUGGCGGUGGCGGCGGCGGUGCUGGUGGUCACGCUGGCCCUCACCUUCGCCCACCCGCACCCAGACCCACUCACCCACCCACACACCCACGGAAUGUGCGUGGUGACUGGUAGGUCUGAUGGGGGCCCGAAACACUUGCUUGGGGGCGGCCUACAGCACUGCCUCAAAGGAAUCAAACCCCUUAGGCAUCACCGCUCCGUCCUGAGGCACUGCAAGAAUAAGGUAAAGAGGCAGCUCAUCACAGACAAGAAAAACUUCAAGAAGAACUUGCUGGACCCCGAUACCAUGUCAGAGGUGGUGGCCGAGGCGUGGGAGGGCGUGGCGGAGUGCCUGGUGCAGCGCCUGGAGCUGGAGGCCGAGGACGGGACGUUGGACACCAAGAAGCUGGUCAGGGCCACAGCCGGCAUGGGAGGCAAGGACAAGUGGAAGGUGAAGUACAUGCGAGCUAUGGUGGUCACCUGUGCCGACAAUAUCACCACUGACAACGCCACGCAGCAACUGAGGGAGGUGAUGGAGUGCGUGCGUACCGGCGCCCUCGAGUUCUGCGAGAGCAAGACAUCGUUCGCGAGGCGUUGGCUGCAGUCUGCCGCCGAGGAGUCCGUCUGCAGCCCCGUCGUGGUGCCCCCUGAGCCGAUGGAGGCGUGUCUGGCGUGCGCGAAGGAGCUUGACGUGCCCAAGGCGUCGUGUGGCGAUGUGAUCGACGAUGACGACGACGAUGAUGAUGAUGACGAUGAUGACGAUGAUGAUGACGACGACGACGACGACGACGAGAAUGACUCGAGGAUCUACUUCCCCGACAGUCUACGGCUGGACCCUGAGGAAGCGGCCUACGCUGUGCGCCUGUGUGCCAGCGAGCGCCUAGGCUGGUAUCGUCCCACCGCGGGCUUCAUCUACACGGAGCUCAGCGACGCCGUGGCUAACUUCAGCGGCUGGGACGACAUUCCGCAGGCUCUGGAGAACGUGACGCAGGCCAUCCUGGACUGCGCGCCGCCCUACGAGGGGGACGCGCAGGUGCAGGCCCUCCUCUGGUCCUCCUGCUUCAUGCGGACCUUCUUCGACACCUGCGGCUUCAGGAGUAACCUCACGGCCCUGCUGUUCCCCGGGUUCCACCACAUGAUGGGCGAGGAGGUGAAGCAGCUCAUGCGCAGCCUCGUCGAGCUCAGCGACCUUGGCGGGGACGAUGACGACCACGACGACGAGGACGCCGAACUGGUGGAUGCUGGACUCCUGUCACGCUCGGUUGAGGAGGACACCAGCGCUGAGGGGCCGAGGGUCAGGUCCGCCCACAUGAAGGAUCACAGCAAAAAAGACUUGGGAAAAAUGGACAAGAGGGACUCCGUAAAGACUGACAAGCAAGGAAUGACUACAGACCGCCUUGACCCUGCCACCAGCGACAUGCCUGAAGAGUCUGCUGACCCCAGCGGCACUUCUGCUGACCCCAUAAGCACCCCACCCGUCGACGCCCUCGAGGAAGGCUCCGGCGGAGGGCUGGGCGAGACCUCGGACAAGCCCUUGCCAGAACCCCUGGCAGAGCCCUCACCUGAACCCCCGCAGGAGGCCGCUGGGGAGGCAGUGUAGCGUCGCUGCCCUGAGUGCUGCUGUCGAGGCGCCGCUGCCCCUUCAGGAUCUACACGCCGGCGAGCCUCUGAAGCUGUGAUGUAUAUAAUAUUGACGUCAGUCCUUGUGUGUAGCCUCGUAUGCAGCAGCUGAUAUAUACUCCAGGUUACCUUUCUCGUAGAUAGAUAUACUCUUGAUGUUGUGAAGGGUUAGCCAAGCAUAUCAAGCACAAUAAUAUGACUAUGGUUGCC